GACGAGUUGAUGGUUAAGCUAUCAAACGCCAAACUUUUCUCAAAGCUGGAUAUUCCCAGUGCAUACUACCACAUGCCACUGACUCCAGAUUGUCAACAUUUGACUACUUUACUCACGCAAGACGGUUUGUAUCAAUACAAAGUGCUACCAAUGGGCCUUAGUAGUGCCCCAGCAGUUUGGCAGAAAUUUACUACUCUAUCGUUAUCAGAUCCCAAAGGAUGUGUUGUGUAUAUGGAUGAUAUUUGUGUCUUUGGUAGUAACCCCACCGAACAUCAGGAAAACCUUCAUAAUGUGCUGCAUAGACUGAAUGGACUAAAUCUCUGCCUGAAUACCAGCAAAUGCCAAUUCGCUAUAACGGAGGUCGAGUUUAUUGGACAUGUUAUUUCUACCUCGGGUAUUAAUUCCAAUGUGUAGAACACCAGAGCCAUUCUCGAUUAUCCAAAAGCAUGCAACGUUACACAGAUGAAAUAUUUCUUGGGUUUGUGUUCGUAUUACCUCCGACAUUCGCCGAAUUUUGAGACUAUUACGGAGCUAUUGCGUUGACGCGCCAAAAGCAGGAGUUUCAUUGGGCCACUGAACAAGAAAAUGCUUACAUGACCAUACGAGCGAUGAUUGAAUGCACUCCCACGGUAGCGAUCUUCAAUGAGCACUGUCCAAAGUUUGUUUCAACGGAUGCUUCAGAUGUCGGCUUGGGUGCAGUUCUAUCCCAGCUGCGCGAUGGCGACGGAGAUGGGAUACAACAGUACGGAAUCUCGUUUGAUGAUGACAAACGUGUCGUCCACCUACCGGAUCCAUAAUUUCAGUUUGAUUGACGUUUUGCAUCACAGCUUCUGCAAUAAGUCCUGUGAUGGGCGAUCCCUUGGGCGUUCCUUUCAGUUGCUGGUAUACUUGCCCAUCAAAGCAAAAAUAAGUGGGCAUGAAGAGAUCCAAAAGUUCCCAUAUGCUCUCUGGCUUGAGGUUUCCUAUUGUGUUUGGUUGAUUUCGAAGUAAUUCCAUCAUGGUUUCUUUUGCAAGUUCGUGACCGAUCGACGUGAAGAGUGCGGUGACGUCCAACGACAGCAUGAUUUCAUCUCCCUCUAUAGCACAGCUUUUCUGGCGUACAACGCUUCAUCAACCUCACCUUUGGGAAAACUGCCUGUCGACGAGCCUCCACGCC